UACCCGAGAGGCUGGCACCGCUCAGAGUUGCUUACCCUGUGCCGCUGCCCCGUCGCUCUGCUGCUACUACUGCCGCUCUCGCCCCCUGUUCCUCCCCUGGCCGGGCCAGGCAGCCCCCUCGAAGCCCCGAAGUCGCCCUGCCGGGUGUCCCUGGAGAGAAAAGCCGGGGAGCACAGAAGGCAGCCGUCGGGGCUGGGCACAGCAGCCGAGCCCCCAGGGACAGCCGGCUUACUUGAGGGCUGAGGAGGGUGGGGGGGCUGGGGGGCCGCGGCCAUGGUUGCCACUUGCCUUCAGCUGGUUGGAUUUGUGACAAGCUUCGUGGGCUGGAUCGGCAUCUUGGUCGCCACGGCCACCAAUGACUGGGUAGUGACCUGCGGCUACACCAUCACCACCUGCCGGAAGAUGGACGAGCUUGGCUCCAAGGGGCUCUGGGCAGAUUGUGUCAUGGCUACGGGGCUCUAUCACUGCAAACCGCUGGUGGACAUCCUCAUCCUGCCAGGUUAUGUACAGGCAUGCCGAGCCCUCAUGAUUGCUGCAUCGGUCCUGGGCCUACCCGCCAUCUUCCUACUGUUGACUGUCCUGCCCUGCAUCCGGAUGGGUCACGAACCAGGGGCUGCCAAGUACCGGCGCUCUCAGCUGGCUGGGAUCAUGAUAAUUCUGUUAGCCCUGUGUGCCUUGGUGGCCACCAUCUGGUUCCCUGUGUGCGCCCACCGUGAGACCAUGAUCAUGAGCUUUGGCUACUCCCUCUACACGGGCUGGAUCGGGGCCACCCUCUGCCUCAUUGGUGGCUGCGUCGUCUUGUGCUGCUCGGGAGAUGCUCAGUCAUUUGGCGAGAACCGCUUCUACUAUUCUUCAGGUUCCAGCUCCCCCACUCACGCCAAGAGCGCCCACGUAUAAGGGAGCAUCUGGACUUCCCCGGGCUGGCCACUGAGGUGUGCCAGCUGAUGGCCCGACGUGCCUAGGGUUUGCUUGUGACAGAGGGUUGUGCAAGAACUCCCCUGCCAAGCUCUGACGCCGAAGGUCUAGAAAAGCCUCCUCUUCAAUGUUUCGUAGCCUGAUUUGCCCACCUGCUGCCUUACGAGAAAUCUCUCCCUCGGUUGUACCCCCCUACAUGUCGCCCAUGGUUCUGCCCAGUCCAAGCACUCCCAAAAAUUCAUAUUAAAGAACCUUGGGCCACA